AUGGACACCCUUUCCCCUCCGCCCAAACUAAGCCAUCUCUUCACGCUGCGAUGCGCUGUCGAUCCCCCCAUGGAAAUUGGCAAGGGGCCCUACGGUCGACGACGCUGUGUGCCGAUUAAAUCGGGAUCGGUCCAUGGACCGCAUCUUCAAGGUGAAGUUGUGCCGGGAGGGGCGGAUUUCAUAACCGAAGGUACUCGAGCCGGACCUCCCGAGGUCUUGCAAGCGUUGAUGGAGGGUGGACCGGUGGAUCCGAGCCAGUAUUGGUUUCAUCUUCACAUCAAGAUUGAGACCGGGCACGAAAAGUACAAAUGGAUGAAUGACCGGGUCAUUGUUGGGCGAGCCACGCGCGCAAAGGGCGAGGUGGCUUAUGAUGCGUAUUACUUGGAGAACGAUGGCUGA